AUGGUUGGUUUUAAUGAAGUUAAACUAGGAGGAGUAGAAGAGCUCUCUCUUGCUCACCCUGACCCUGUAGUAUUGGAAUUCAAUCGUUUGCAGAACCAGAUCAAAGAAAAGGACAGGAAGUUUGGAGUUGCCCAGGGUGAAAUCAAGGCAUUGCGAGCAACCAAUGUCCAGAAGGAAAAGGCUAUAGAAGAGCUCAGAAAUGAAGUUAAGAAAUUGGAUGAGAAACUUACAGUGACUGAAAAUCUUCUAGAACAUAAGAACCUGGAAAUCAAAAGGCUAACAAAUGAGAGGAGAGAUGCAAUGGCUUCUCGAUAUGCUGCAGAAGCUACUCUUAGAAGGGUGCAUGCAAAUUUAAAGGAUGAUGAUUCUGUUCCUACUGAGUCUGUUCUUGCUCCUUUGAAGGCAGAGAUUAAGACGUAUAAAAAUGAGGUUGCAGCACUUCAAGAGGAUAAGAAGGCAUUGGAACGUCUCACUAAAUCGAAGGAGACAGCUCUUCUUGAAGCAGAAAGGAUUUUGCGAAGUGCUUUGGAAAGAGCUUUGAUAGUUGAGGAGGUUCAAAACCUGAACUUUGAAUUGAAGAGACAGAUCGACAUCUGCCAGGAGGAGAACAAAAUCCUUGAGAAAACCAAUCAUCAAAAGGUAUUAGAGGUCGAAAAGCUUAGCCAAACCAUUACAGAACUUGAGGAGGCUGUUCUGGCAGGUAGAGGUGCAGCCAAUGCUAUCCGUGACUUUAGGCGACAGAUUGCUGAACUAAAUGAGGAAAGGAGGACAUUGGAGAGGGAGUUGGCCAGAGUUAAAGUUUCGGCUAAUCGGGUAGCAACUGUGGUGGCUAAUGAGUGGAAGGAUGAGAAUGACAAAGUUAUGCCUGUGAGGCAGUGGUUGGAAGAGAGGAGGUUGAUGCAAGCAGAAAUGCAAAGAUUGAAAGACAAGCUAGCUAUAUCAGAGAGAACAGCUAAGGCAGAAGCACAACUGAAGGAUAAACUGAAGCUGAGGCUAAACACAUUGGAAGAAGGCUUAAAGCGUGUAUCAAGUUUCUCUGUAAAUCCUAGUGUGUUUCGCAGAUCCCCCAAAACAGAAAAGUCCAGUAACAUUUUAGGAUUCUUAACGUCAAAUGAUAGACUCAGGAAGAGGUCUACAUCACAGCCAAGGGCUUCAACAAACAACGGAGGCUCUGUUUUGCAGCAGCAGCAGCAGCCAAAGAUUGAAAAUGGAACAUAUAGUCCUACCAGAGGGCUAAAUAAGGCUGAUAACUUGCACAAGAGAGAGAAUAUGCUGAGAAAAAGUAUGUGGCCAUCAAGAAGUAAGGUUGUUGAUAGUAGUGGAAAGGAAAAUACUGAAGUGAAGGAGAACACUGACACCAAUGUUGAUAAGUUUAAGGGUGAUCACUCAGCCGUUCCAGUAGAAAUCAGAAACAGAACUGGUGGCAGCCUCGAGGACUCACAAAAUAACAAGGGAAAUGCAAAUCCUGAUAGUGAAGACAUGGUUUCCGGGUUCCUAUAUGACAGAUUACAAAAGGAGGUCAUAAACUUGAGGAAGUUUUGUGACACUAAAGAAAGUAGCUUGAAUGCCAAAGAUCAGGAAAUCAAGAUGCUGAUGAAGAAGGUUGAAGCACUAACAAAAGCGGUUGAAUUUGAGCCCAGCAAAGUAAAGAGAGAAGCCACAGCUAAAGAAAAGGGAGCUACAUCAAUGAAGCCAGAUGACCGCAAAAAUACCGGAAGCAUAAGCUCCUCUAGAAGGGGAACCAAAGCACCUUGAAGGUUCCUUGGCUUGGAGAAGUUGAAGCUUUCAGGAUUUGUUUGAUGCAUUAUCCUUACCUAUAAUUGUAUCUGAUUUUUCGAUGUAAAAAGAGGAAGCUGACACUGUAACUUCCCAGGAUUGUUUGAAUAUUGUUUUCCAUUGUUUGAGUGUCCAAUAUG